AAAUAAACUUUCAACCGCCAUCAAACGGAAGUUAUGAGGGGUGGAUACUGCUGUUGUUAAGAACCAAAGAGAGCACCGCAUUGUAUUUCUUAUUGUGUUUUUGACAGUAGUUUUGCUCGAAGAUGAAGUGAAGUAUUCUUUUUUAAAUAUUCGUACAUUUGCUUUCAUCUGUAAUCCAAAGAGCAAGAUACUUUUUUCCGUUUUGUUUAUUGAAACUCUCAACCCCGGAAGUUGAAGCAUCCAGUGAUACUAAGCCGAGUUUGCAUUUGAGGACCAACUCAACCCAAUCGACAUAUUUGGCAGAUUAACAACAUUCAUGCCAAAAUGGGAAAAAUAUUAUCCAAAAUUUUUGGCAAUAAAGAAAUGAGAAUCCUAAUGCUUGGAUUAGAUGCAGCUGGAAAAACAACUAUUCUCUAUAAAUUAAAAUUAGGGCAGUCAGUAACAACCAUUCCAACAGUGGGUUUCAAUGUGGAAACAGUUACAUACAAAAAUGUUAAGUUUAAUGUAUGGGAUGUUGGUGGUCAGGACAAAAUUAGGCCGCUGUGGCGACAUUACUACACAGGCACUCAAGGCCUGAUUUUUGUUGUAGAUUGUGCCGACAGAGAUCGAGUAGAUGAAGCAAGGCAAGAACUACAUAAGAUAAUCAAUGAUAGGGAAAUGAAGGAUGCAAUUAUCUUAAUAUUCGCAAACAAACAAGAUUUACCGGAAUCUAUGAAACCACAUGAAAUUCAAGAAAAAUUGGGCCUUACACGUAUACGGGAUCGCAACUGGUUUGUCCAACCAUCGUGUGCAACUACAGGUGAUGGUCUUUAUGAAGGUUUGAUGUGGCUGACUUCAAAUCACAAAUCUUAAUGAUGUCUUUUUUUCUUUAUCAACCUAUGUACAUACAAAUUAUUUACAUGAGUAUAGUGGAGAGAUCUAUGGAGAAGUACGUGACUGAAAAAAAAAACACCAGUGCGUGAUGUUUCUGCUCCAUGUGCAAAUGUCCAACCAAGUUAUUUAUAAUUGGACCUCUACAUAUCCACAACCUAAGAAUAACUUUAAAUUACUGAACUAUAAAGUGGAAUUAAGGUGCAUUUAAAAAAGCCAAUUAUACUUCUCUCUGCAAAUUAUAAACAUAUUUAUACUAUUAAGAAAUCUGGCCAAAUUAAUGGGCUGGAUUUUGAAACUAAUUUUCAUUGCAGAAAACACAACAUCAAUAUGUCAGUAGAAAUGUAAUAAUUUCAAAUUGAUUUACUUAAUCUUUUUGGAAUAUUAAUAUUAAUCUACAUGAUCAGUUUUGAUAAAUAUUUACUAUAUGAUGUUUAUACUUUUGGUGAUUUUUUUAAAGUAUAGCAUUUUGGGACUACUGUGAAGCUUCCUUUUGACUUGACAACUACAAUAAAUAUUGUUUAUAUGAUUUUCAAUAUUUGAAAUCUGCACCAAAGAUGUAUACUUUAAUUUCCCCUGUACCCAGGCGUUUUAAUCUGAUAGUUAACAUGAUGUUCAUAAUACUGUGGCCCCGCCCCCUUUCUGCUACCCAGGGACCAUAUGCUGUGCCAUAGGCGAUAUUGCUAUUAAUUUUAUGAUUGAGUAAUACCGGUAAUAAGUUACAAAUCUUCUUUGUUAAGGCCAAAAAAAAUAAAUUUUUAUGUUGGUCACGUUUUGAAAAAAAAACCCCCAAAAUUUUUUUUUUUUAAAAAUCAAUAAUGUGUUUACAUUUAAAAAGUAUAAAAUACACAAAAUAAUACAACAAAUUUGGAUUCGCAUCACGUACCAUCCACCAAAAUAGGCUAGGCCUUGGCCUCCUAGCCUACAGUCCUAGCCUGUCCAUGGCUAUUUCAGCCUUAUUAGCUCAUAAAAAAAAUAUUGUUCCUUGUAGUAAAAAA